GUCUGUUCUUCUUUUUCAACCAUUGGCAGGUUUCCCCACAGGUCUUUCUUUGACUUCUUCCUCUUUCUCCUCUUUUGCCCUUUUGUCGUUGCGCUCGUUUUCUCCUCUUUUAAUGCUUUCUAAGUCCAUCCAGCAAACCUGUCGAUUAGCUCCUCUUUUGACCAAGUGCAGAGGUUAUGCAACAGGAGCGCCAUCACUGAGCGGCAUCCAACAAGGUGUAGCGCACUCUAAGCUACUGAAGCGCGCACCGGAAGACGCAUUAAGGUCCCCAGAAUUGGCUCACUUGAGCGCUACGCACAGUGAGACGAAAAAAAUGAAUCUUUUUCAAGCAGUAAAUGAUGCAAUGUCCAUCGCUUUGACAACCGACGAUACAGCUGUGGUCUUUGGCGAGGACGUAUCGUUUGGUGGUGUUUUCCGCGCAACAUCAGGCUUGGCCGAACAAUUCGGUAAAGAUCGAGUCUUCAACACACCAUUGACAGAACAAGGUAUUGCCGGUUUCGCCAUUGGUAUGGCAUCCGUUGGACAUACUGCCAUUGCCGAAAUCCAAUUUGCAGAUUACAUUUACCCCGCCUUCGAUCAGCUUGUCAAUGAAGCUGCCAAAUUCAGAUACAGAUCAGGCAAUCUGUUCAACGUUGGAGGAAUGACAAUUCGUGCUCCAUGUUCGGCUGUCGGGCACGGUGGUCAUUAUCACUCUCAAAGUCCCGAAGGUUUCUUUGCUCAUGUUCCCGGUUUGAAGGUUGUCACUCCUCGAAGUCCGAUUCAGGCGAAAGGUUUAUUGUUGGCUUCUAUCCGUGACCGCAAUCCCGUCGUGUUCUUUGAACCCAAAUGCUUAUACCGAGCUGCCGUUGAGGAGGUACCUGUUGGAGAUUUCGAACUUCCAUUGGGUAAAGCCGAAAUUUUGAAGAAAGGCACCGACGUUACUGUCCUUGGUUACGGAGCUCAGAUUUACACUCUUGAAAACGCCAUCCAGCUCGCAGAAAGAGAAAUGCCUGGUUUGAGCUGCGAACUUAUCGAUCUGCGAUCGAUUUUGCCCUGGGACAUUGAAACAGUGGUCGAAUCAGUGAAGAAGACAGGGAGACUUGUCAUUGCACACGAAGCACCUAAGACAGCUGGUGUUGGAGCUGAAAUUGCUUCGACCGUCAUGGAGCAUUGUUUCUUAAACUUGGAAGCACCUAUUCAGCGUGUGUGCGGCUGGGAUACACCCUUCCCAUUAGCCUUUGAGAAGUUCUACAUGCCUUCCAUGAUCCGAUGUUUCGAUGCUAUUAAAAACGCUGUAAAUUAUUAAACUUAAAAAGAAAAAAAAAUUCAAUAGAAUUAUACCGCCAUGAUUCGAACUCAACCAUUUCAAUAUCUGGCUUCAAUGUAGACGAUCAUGAAUCAUAAAACGAAAAAAGAAAAGAAUGGCCCCUUCUACAACUUUGGAUAUUUUAUUUGGCAAAUUUGCAAUGAAUAGCUAUUUUGAAAUUCCGGUACUUUUGACUGCUUAUUUGUU